AUGAUUGAGGGAAUGGUGAAGGAUGGUGUUAUUGAACCUUCAUCUAGUCCAUGGUGUUCACCUGUGGUGCUGGUAAAGAAGAAGGACGACAGCAUGCGGUUUUGUGUUGACUACCGCCGCCUGAACGACGUUACGAAGAAGGACAGCUAUCCCUUGCCUAGAAUUGAUGACACGCUGGAUAUGCUCACAGGCGUAAAGUGGUUUAGUACGCUGGACCUGAAAAGUGGCUACUGGCAGGUUGAAAUUGACCCUAAGGACAAGGAGAAAACUGCAUUUUCCACAGGAAAGGGUCUGUGGCAAUUUAAAGUCAUGCCGUUUGGAUUGUGCAAUGCUCCAGCAACGUUUGAAAGGUUGAUGGAGCUUGUACUUACCGGGCUAAUUGGAGAUGCCUGUCUCCUCUAUUUGGAUGACAUCAUCAUCGUAGGCCGUACGUUUGAGGAGCACCUUCAAAACCUGGAACGCGUGCUUAUGAAGAUCCAGAGUGCCAACCUCAAGUUGAGUCCAAAGAAGUGCUCACUAUUCAAACGGCAAGUUAGUUUUUUGGGGUAUGUAGUGUCGGAAGAAGGUAUCCGUACGGAUCCAGAGAAAAUUGCUGCUGUCAAGGAGUGGCCGGUCCCAAAAGACAAGACACAGGUUAGAGCAUUUUUGGGUUUGUGCUCUUAUUAUCGGCGAUUUGUGAAGAACUUUGCAGAUAUAUCCAAACCUCUGCACAAGCUAACCGAGGAGAAGCGACUAUUCUGCUGGGAUGAAAGUUACGAUAUUGCAUUCCAGGAGCUCAAGAACCGCCUGUGCAAAACACCUAUUUUGGGGUACCCUGAUGCGGGCAAGGAAUUCAUAGUUGACACAGACGCAAGUGAUAUAGGACUUGGCGGUGUGUUGUCUCAACGGAAUGGUGAUCAAGAGAUUGUGAUAGCGUACUUCAGCAAGUCGUUGUCAAAGCCGGAAAGGAACUAUUGUGUCACAAGACGGGAAUUGCUUGCUGUGGUAAAGUCCUUGCAGCAUUUUAGCAAAUAUCUUCUAGGGCGGAAAUUCCACUUACGAACUGACCAUGCUGCACUGAAAUGGCUAUUGCAGUUCAAAAAUCCGGAAGGACAAGUUGCGAUAUGGAUAGAACUACUGCAGGAAUACGACUUUGUGAUCGAACAUCGCAGCGGGAAAUCUCAUGGCAAUGCAGAUGCAUUGUCAAGAAGACCUUGCCCUGAAGAUUGCAAGCAUUGUACUAGGCAAGAGGGUAAGGAAGUGGUAUCUGUGAGAAUGCUCAGGACAGACCAGCUCAGCAAUGAGUGGAAGGACAGCCUACAACAUGCACAGCAGGAAGAUUCGGACAUUAAGCCGAUUCUGGAAUGGAUGAAGGCCAGUGCUCCUAAGCCCAAGUGGAGCGACGUCUCAGCGAUGAGUUCGACCACGAAAAGCUAUUGGGCCCAAUGGGACAGCUUGCUGAUUCAGGAUGGAGUCCUGUGCCGUAAAUGGGAAAAUGGUCGGGGAGACAGGUGUCAUUUGCAAAUGGUUGUCCCUAAGGCUAAAGUGCCGGAUAUUCUACGGCUGUACCAUAGUGGUUGUUCAGGAGGCCACCUGGGAGUUAAACGAACUCUCCUGAAGAUCCGAGAACGGUUUUACUGGGUCCACUGUCGUGACGAUGUUGAGGACUGGUGCCGCAAAUGUACAAGUUGUGCGGCUGUAAAGGGACCUCAAAUUCGUAGUAGAGGCGCAUUGAAAUUGUACAAUGUUGGUGCACCAUGGGAGAGGAUAGCCAUUGACGUUGCGGGGCCGUUUCCAGAAACUGAAAGUGGUAACAAGUAUUUCAUGGUAGUGAUGGAUUACUUCACUAAGUGGCCAGAAGUCUUCGCCAUUCCAAAUCAAGAAGCUUCAACAGUUGCAGAUAAACUAGUUCAUGAAGUCUUCGUUUUGGAGUACCUUUAG